UCCCCGUCGCAGGCAUCGCAGUUAAUAACAGGAAGGUAGCACCGCCGCCAUCUUUGAGAACCUUCACGGGCUGUUAGGAGUGGGAAGUUAGCCGGCGAGCUACAUUUUUAAAACGCACGAACUUCCUCCCAGUACGUCUACAUUCAUAGAGAUAAUUUGUUGCUAAUUACUUAACGUUUUCCGAAAAUGAGUGAUAUUGAGGAUGGCAACUUUGGAGGACGCGUUAUUGGUCGUGAAGGAAUUGAAGAGUUUUAUCCAAGAAUGUGGAAGAAUGUUCAAGAUAAAAGAAGGCUAAUGAAAAUGAUGUUUACAGAUCAGAAAAAUAAAAGUGUGGAGGGAACAGAACGGAAGAAUGUUGAGAUAGAAGCACGCGCGUUGUUGUCUAAAACCGCACGAGAGAAAAAAAAAUGAGCUGGUGUUUUCAAUGGGGGGAAGAAUGCCUGGAAUAAGAAAAAUGAAAAAAGCGGGAAAAACGAACAGAAGAAAAGAACGGAAGAACGGUAGAAAGCCUCAGAGAAGUAGCGUUAAAAGAAUCUGGAAGAAUGAGUGUGUCCUAGGCUAAGUAAAUACAUGGUAUAUGUUCCCAGUGUCUGUAAUUCUCUAUGUAGUCUAAACAUGCAUGUGCCAGUAUCUGUGGCCCGCUGGAAUUGGGACUUGUUGUAUUACAGGGAAUUGUUUGAUGAUUGUUUUUUUGCUAUUAUUAAUACCCAUUUUUAAGCAGUAGAGGGGUAAUUGUGAGUGAGCUGGCAGUGUCUAACCCUUUCCUCUGCAGCACACACGCGCGUGUGGCGUGUCUGUGGGUUAGUUGAGGUGUGUUUUGUUACCCCCCCCCCCUCGCCGGGUUGGAUUGGUUUUCACACGUUCCUGUGACACUAGGAGUCCCGCUCACCGUCCAAAUCGGACGGCGGUAGCCCCGCCCACGCCAAGUCAGAGAGCCGCUCGGCGUCGCCCAGUCCGUCCCGGGCCUCCAAGCACACGGAGUCCCGCUCCAGAUCCCGGUCCAAGUCCCGUCGUUCGCGCUCCCAUUCCCACCGGAAGAAGUCCCGCUCGCGCUCCUACAGCCCCGACUACCGCCGCAGGAAGAGCCAGAGCACCUCGCCCAUGUCCAACCGCCGCCGCCACACCAGCAGCAGGAACAGAUUCAGCCAUGAUUCGAAAAAAGAAACAUACAGUCAUGGUGAUGCCAGGGCGAAUCCGGACCCCAACACCUGCCUGGGUGUGUUUGGGCUGAGCCUGUACACCACGGAGCGGGACCUGCGCGAGGUGUUCUCCCGCCACGGGCCGCUGGCCGGCGUGAACGUGGUGUACGACCAGCGCACCGGCCGCUCCCGCGGCUUCGCCUUCGUCUACUUCGAGAGGAUCGACGACGCCAAGGAGGCAAUGGAGCGGGCCAAUGGGAUGGAGCUGGAUGGGAGGCGUAUCCGGGUGGAUUACUCCAUCACGAAACGGCCACACACCCCCACACCCGGCAUCUACAUGGGACGUCCCACACAUAAUGGCGGUGGGGGGGGCAGCGGUGGCAGCAGCAGUGGGGGGAGGAGGCGGGACUCGUACUACGACCGAGGCUAUGAUCGGUAUGACCGCUACGACGAGUACGACUACAGGUACAGCCGGAGGCGUUCCCCGUCCCCCUACUACAGCCGCUACAGAUCCCGCUCGCGAUCGCGGUCCUACAGCCCCCGACGAUACUGAGGGACCCUCCCCAAGGCACAGUCCCGAAAGUCACAUGUUUUUCUCCUUUUGGAUCUUCAAAGAAAAUGUUUUUUAAAAAAAUUCACAAACUUAAUUUUUAUUUUAUUUUUGCCAUUGUUUAUCUGGCCAGAGAUGUAUUAGCUUGCCGACGGACGGCAUUGUUGUUUUCCAAACCACAGGUGAAAGAUUCCAGGUGGAGAAUGUUUGUUUACCAUUUUAAUUUCCUUCUGUGUAGAGGUCUUAAUUUGUGGACUCCUCUGUAAAGCCGCGUGGAGCUGGUAGAA